AAUAGUUACCAUAGCAAUCAUUUUAGCUAUUGUUAGUAUCGUAGCGGCGACGCAUGUGCAAGAGGUACAACCAAUCCCAGCGCCACCUGACAUAACGCCGACAAUGUUCCCUCCUCCAAAGAUUGUUCACUAUGCGACGUGGACUACGUGGGAAUCAUGGUCCGAUUGCUCUACCUCUUGUGGAAAUGGAACUAAAUUGCGUUCGAGGACAUGUAAAAUACCAACAAGAGGAACACAAAAUGUUAUAAAGUGCAAGGGGGAUUCUUCACAGAUACAACAGUGUACUCUCGGCUUGUGUCCAA